CAAACCAAAACUAAAAACCUCAAUCUCUCCCUCUCGCCAUACCUUUCUUAUCACUCUUUCUUAGCUCCCUCCCUCCUUUCAAACCAAAACUGAAACCUUUUUCUCUCUCUCUCUCACCCUCUUGGUUUCAGGGAAGGAGGAGGCUAACAAGUACUAAUGGGGCAGCAGCAUCACAGAGUCUACUAUUUCCUUCAGCUAAGAAGAGGAGAAGGAGAGUCACAACUAAAGGAGAGCUGCAAGCUCCCUUCUCAGAUGUACUUCUCUGACUCCCCCCCUAAGAAGCCCAAACGCUUUCUCCUUCGCCUCAUCUUCCUUUUUAUCCUCGCCUCUUGUAGCCUAUUCUUCUUCCCUCGCCUCCUCUUCUGCUCCUCCUCUUCCUCCACCUCCCCUCUUUGCCCUCUCUUUUACUCUUUUGGAGCUGAAGAGAAGAAGCUACAAGUCCUCCAAGUUGGAACAAGGGUCCCCUGUUCUUCUCCUAUCCCGAAUAACACUGUCUGCUGCGACCGCACCGCGUUCCGCACCGAUGUUUGCUUCAUGAGAGGCGACGUCCGGACCCAGUCUUAUUCCAAGACUAUUCUACUUUAUCCCGGGAAUAACGCGUCUAUCCCCGCCCCGGCGACGGAGGAAAGGAUCAGGCCUUACACUCGGAAGUGGGAGACCAGCGUCAUGGCCACCAUCGACGAGCUCCGCCUGACCACCGGCGGCGCCCGCGGCGGCGGCUGCGACGUCCGGCAUGCGGUCCCGGCGGUGGUGUUCUCUGCCGGGGGUUAUACCGGCAACGUGUACCAUGAGUUCAACGACGGGAUUGUUCCACUGUUCAUCACUUCCCAGAAGUUUAACAAGCGGGUGGUGUUUGUUGUUCUUGAUUACCGUAACUGGUGGUUCACCAAGUACAGGGAAGUGCUAUCCCGCCUGUCGGAUUAUCCGCCGCUCGAUUUCUCCGGCGACUCGAGGACUCAUUGCUUCCCGGAAACCAUUGUUGGACUGAGAAUUCAUGAUGAAUUGACGGUGGAUGCAGCACGAAUGGAGAACAACAAGACAAUUUUCGACUUCCGCCGGCUUCUCGAUGACGCCUACCGGCCUCGAAUUCAAUCACUCGAGCAUGAUGAACAGCAAGCAAGCCCCCAGUCAUCAAUGGUCAUUGCCAGGCGGCAUAAUUCACUGAGUACCUGCAAACCGAAACUCGUGAUCGUGUCAAGAACUGGAUCGAGAGCGAUCGAAAACGAGCUGGAGCUGGUGAAAUUAGGCCAAGAGAUUGGUUUCAUCGUCAAGGUAUUGAGGCCGGACCGGACGACGGAGCUGGCGAAGAUAUACCGAGCAUUAAAUUCGAGCGACGCCAUGAUUGGAGUCCAUGGAGCAGCCAUGACUCAUCUGUUGUUCAUGAGGCCGGGUUCGGUGUUCAUUCAAAUUGUGCCUUUGGGGACUGACUGGGCUGCCAAGACCUACUACGGCGAGCCGGCGGUGAGAAUGGGGUUGUGGUAUGUGGGAUAUAAGAUUCUACAGAGGGAGAGCUCGUUGUUCAGAGAGUAUGACAAAACUGAUCCAGUGCUAAAGGACCCCAGAAGUGUGGCCAAGAAAGGGUGGCAGGUGACCAAGAGAGUCUAUUUGGAUCGCCAGAAUGUGAACUUGGAUUUGGAUCGGUUUAGAAAGCAUCUGAUUCGAGCUCAUAAGUAUCUGGUUUCAAAGAAAAGAAUCAAUCAUGACAAGGAGAAAGUAGCAUGAGGAGAGGUGAGUGGAUUUCUCUUAACUGUGAUUAGAGAUUGUUUGGAUUAUUUCUUACACGCUCUGUUUUCCGGCUAUAAGUGUACAAAGAAAAGAAUAAUUGUCCCACUGCUGUGGUUUUUCAGUUUCUUGCAUACAUAAAUAAAACAGUAGUUGAGCUAUCGAGUGGAAAUGGAGGCAGUACUUCAUGUGUUUCUUAUCUCUGAAUACUUCCUUAGUCUUUGCAUGUGGUUUGCUUUGCGCUGUUACUUGUUCUGUUGUUGUUUUGGGAUGUAAUUGAUUCUUAUCUGCUCGAUGGAAUUCAUUAAUCUAUUGUUAUGCAAUUGGAUCAA